UAUACAUCCUCGUUCAGCGGGUGCAGUUCAAUAUUAAAAUUUGCUUACUAAUUUAUGUGAUUUUGAUUAGUCACGGUUUUAAAAAUGUUACUGGUAUUGGAUCGCUUCUCUAUCGUGCUUGGAAUGUUUUGUACGCUAUUGUUUCUGUCAUUGUUCCUGUUUUUCUGUACUUCGUCAAUGUCUAGUCUUGCGGUGGCUGAUAAGAAUCCACUAACCUCCUUGCCGAACAAUAGUGAAUUUCCACCGCUGAAAAAUGACAAUUUGCUGCGUGCAGCCCGCGGAGAGCCUGUGGACCGCGUACCGGUUUGGGUAAUGCGUCAAGCAGGACGGUAUUUGCCGGAGUUUUUGGAAGUACGAGCCAAGCACGAGUUUUUCGAAAUAUGCCGGACCCCGGAGUUGGCAUGCGAAGUGACCAUGCAGCCUCUGCGACGGUUCGACCUCGAUGCAUCCAUCAUUUUCUCGGACAUACUCGUUAUUCCUCAAGCGCUGGGAAUUACGGUUGAAAUGAAAAAAGGAGUUGGUCCAGUGCUGCCCGAGCCACUGGUUACACCUGCUGAUUUGGAACGGCUCAAUCAGACGGGAACGAUUGAAAGACUGAAGUAUGUCGGCGAUGCGAUUACCAUGAUGCGGCAUCUAUUGGACGGGAAGGUGCCAUUGAUUGGAUUUUCCGGUGCUCCUUGGACCCUUAUGGGUUACAUGAUUGAAGGAGGUGGUAGUAAGACAAUGUCAAAGGCUAAAUCGUGGCUCACGGACUACCCCGAGGCAUCCAAACAGCUGUUGAAUAUUCUAACUGAUCAGGUGAUCGACUAUCUGCUGAUGCAGAUUAAAGCCGGAGCACAAAUGUUACAAGUUUUUGAAUCCAGCGCGGAGUAUUUAUCAAAAGAACAGUACCUGACGGUUUGUCUGCCUUAUCUGAAACGAAUUCGUGAUGAUUUACAUAAGAAGCUUGCGGACGAAGGUAUUACACCCGUUCCUUUAACAUUAUUCUCAAAGGGAGCUAUGCACUCUCUGCCGGAACAGGCGGCAACUGGUUAUGACGUUAUUGGUCUCGACUGGACUAUCGAUCCAGUGGAAGCGCGAGAGCUAGUGGGACCGAAUGUUACACUUCAGGGUAACUUGGAUCCACAAGAUUUGUACAAAUCGCCGGAAGAGCUUCGCGAGUUAGUUUUGACUAUGGUGCGAAAGUUUGGUAAGCAUCGGUACAUCGCUAAUCUCGGUCACGGAAUCACACCGCAGACGCCAGUUGAAAGCAUGACUGUUCUGGUGAAAGCCGUUCAUGAUGCCCUGUGAGCAAUGUUGGGAUUCAGAGUGAAGUGUGUUGUUAAAAUUGUUUGAAAUUUAUUCAUCCUUUUCGCGAUAGUGAUUAUACAAUAAAUGGUGCUUCAUAGAAGCUACUUUGGUAACGGUUAACAAUACUUUAUCUUAUUUAAAAACAUACUUCUAGUAACUGAAUAAAAUGAUAUUCAAGAAUAAAUGAAAUUAAAAAUAA